AUGUUAUACUACUCAAUCAUGUCUUAUCGAUACUUGCAAAUUUUCCUUUUCGGAUGUUGUUUCCUUGAUGCUAUUAAAGCAACAUUUCCAUACAAUAUUACAAACAACAAUAAACUCCUUUGUUAUUCAUGCAAAGGUGCUCAAUGUGAAACGAUUGCCAACGAAGAUGACAACGUCAUUGUUUGCAAUAAACACGCGCAAUUAUGCUGGGCUGGCUUUAUUGAUCAACAGCCAUAUCGAACCUGUGCAAGUCGUUACUGUACGCCGACGGGUGUUUCCCUCGAUAGUGACAUCAAAAUCGAAACAUGUUGCCAUGCUAGUUUAUGCAACUCAGUUUCACUCUCUUGGGCAAUAUGGAACAAGUGGUACAAAAGAUCAACAACUCAUCGUCCUGAGACAACUACGCUUCCGACUACCAAGAUAACUACAAAACAGGCAACAACUACCAAGAAAAUACAUACAACACCGGGAAUUUUCAUUGUAAAUGAAAUUGAUAACGACAGAGAUUAUCUAUUCAAACCUAAAGAAACGAACGAAGAACAAGAGAACAUAGUUCUAUCAAAACCAAAACUAAACGCUAGUGAUCCAGCUAGUUUCGGUAUAACUUGGGAACGUAUACCAUACAAUCGAGGUUGGAGCAAUCGAAUUAUUGCAUCCAGUGAAGCAAUAGACAUGGACAAUGAAGCGAAUGAUCAGGGAAGCCGUAAUAGUCGAUAUCCAGAACCUGUAGAUUCACCUUUUACCUCCCGUAAUACAUUGAAUUCCAUCGAUUCUGACGACGAACAAGUAGACAACGAUCAUAUCACAUCUCCAUCUCGAUCAAAAAGUACGGAUGGUCGUCGAACUCGCAACGUUUCCACCGCGCAAGCCUUUACUCCAACAGCAACUAGUGUCGAUCGUUUUAAAUAUGGCAUUCGCUAUAUUACCGAUGGAUUUCUACGUAAAGUAAGCAAACAGAAUAACGUCGGCCGCAUUCGUUCGUUAAAUCUCAGCAAUCUACGUGAUAAAAAGAUUCGUUACAUUGAAAAUCUUCAAACAUUAAUUAACUUAGAAAAUCUGGAUUUGUCGAAUAAUCUGAUCGAAAAGAUCGAUGGAUUGAAAACAUUGAAGAAGCUCAAGCACUUGCUUUUAGCAAACAAUUUCAUCAAUACAAUAUCGAACAUUGAAGAACUCUCUCGUCUAGAAAUUCUCGAUCUUCAUCAAAAUCAGAUUCAAACAGUACCUGUUUGGUUUGGACGAAAGUUAUCGUUACUGAAAACUUUGAACUUAGCUAACAAUCAAAUCGCGUCAUUUGAUCAGAUAGCACGAUUGCGAACGUUAUAUGAAUUACGGGAACUUUAUCUUCAAGGAAAUCCUCUCGAUCAAAACGAACAUUAUCGGUUGCUUGUGAUUUCAUAUGUGCCAAGUUUGCAAACACUAGACGGAACUCGAAUAACUGAUGAAGAGCGAAAACAAGCGAAAGAACAAUUUAUCCAGCAAGAAGUCCAAAAUCUACUUCAUGAAUUAGAACGUCGUGAUAAUGAAUGUCGACGAUUGAGUACUCAAGCAACGACCAAUGAACAACAACUGGAGAAAACGAGUGAUAAACUACAAUCAAUUGAAAGUAAAAGUGUUUUACAAGCAAAAGAAAUUCGAGAAUUACAAGAACGGUUAGCUACUAGUGAAGGACUUCUUCAACGGAAAACCGCAUUACUUCAUCAAUCUUGUGAGAAGCAAUUUAAACUCGAACAAGAAUUAGCUUUUUACAAAAUCGAUUUAAAAUUCGAUCGACUUAGUCUCUCAAGACAGCUAAAUCGAAGAAAUAGUCUUGAUCAAAGGACUGAUGACGACAGUCCUUUCACAUUUGAUCAAUAUCUCGAAAAUACAGAACACCGAUCUGCUAGUGCUAGUCAUUGGCAAACCAAUGACAUUCAACGAAUAUUAGGCAGUGCUCCUGAUGGAAAAUUUCAUCAUGCGGACGACGAAAGACUAUACAACGAAAAGUUAUUACAACUUGCCCUGAGUGUCAAUGAGUUAACAUCUAUGCAAGCUAAACAACAACGAAUUGAAGAAAGUUUACAAAGUGUACCGCGAGGAGAUGAAUUCCAUGCCACAGUGGAACAUCUCUCUGAUGAUCUGAAUAAUCUACAGACUGAAAUAAUGAAUAAAGUCGAUGAUGUACACGAACUGAAACUCGUUCUCAGCAAUCUACGAACCGAUCAAGGAAAUGGUUUGGAUUCCGAUUUGGAACAAGUUACCAUCGAAUUAAAACUUGACGAAGGUGUCCGACAACAUAUUAUCAAAGCGAAAGAAGCGCAAUCAACUAAUCCUAGCAACGGUGAAACAUUUUUCGAACUGACAUCUUCUCAAGGAACUCCAUUAUCAGGUGUAUCGACACGUGUAGAUCUACUUGAGAUUGCUUUAGCAGCGAAUGUUGAACAACUUCGAGCAAAAGAAAUAAGUGAACACGAAGCACAAAAUAAAAUUCUCGAAUUGAAAAGUGCACUACAACGUGAACAAAAUCAAGCGCAUGAACGUAUUCAACACAUUGAAGACAUGGCUGAACGAGAGAAGCAACGCAUUCUGAAACAUUUGGAAGAUGAAAAACGAUUUACACGAGAUAUUAUCUCGAAAUCGGAAACAAUGAUUGAACAACUCAAACGUGAAUUAAGUUGUGAACGACGAAGGAAAACAGACGAAGAGAAAAACCGAGAUGCACUAAGAGAUAUUUAUAAAAAAAUUACGCCGCAACCAGAUAGAAAUUUAACAAAAUUCAACCAAAACAAUACUUUUACGAAAGAUACAAACCAAGAUCCUGAUAAUCACGACGACGACGACAACGACGACGAUGAAGAAUCUCGGUUAGAUAAUGAAACAACAGUAUAUCACAAAGAUGAUCCAUUUUUUGCAUCGACACCACGCGAUCGGUCGUUGUUAAUGGAAGAAAAUGAGAAUUCUGAUUCGAAUGCGCUUCGUCGUCAACUUGAAGAACAACUGAGAAAUGCCGAGGAUGACUCCAUGCUAGUUGAUCAACAAGAGCAACCAACCAAAGAACCAGCAACGUACCGUUCAGGCUUACCACCUAUAUCAAAACGAAGGUUAACUAAAAAUCCGAUAUCGAGUGCAUCCUCAACAUCAUCAUUUGAAAAAUCCCAAAAGCCAAGGACAAAAAUCGACUCCACAUCAAAUGUGGAAGAUGAAGAUGAAAAUGACUUAUUGUUUCGUCUUCACGGUUAUAUGAAAGGUGGCCAAGCAAAUACGUCUGGCUUGGGAGAUCUUGCGCGAACAACAGUCAAUGAUUCAGGUUACUCAAGUCAACAGACGGGUAGAGAGACAAAGAAGACCAAUGAUAAAUUAGAAUCUCUUCUUUCGACUCAACCGUUCUCUUGCUACAACAAAUGUUUUAUUGAUCCCGAACAAUUCAAUCGCGAAUAUACCGUCGGUAUUGUCACUACAAGAGCUGACCAACAACAACAGCAACAGCGUUUCUAUGAUUCAUCCAAAGUUGGCAAUGUUACCUUGUAUCCAACACCAGAUGGUUAUGUUCUCGGACCACAUUCAAUCACGGUUCCUCAAGAAACUUUACCUCUCUAUGGCAAUGGAUCUCCACCGCAUUCACUGACUCAUACCGAUUCUCAAUAUUUUGCAUGUGUCAAUAUACCACCGGAUGCUCUUUCUUCGAAUCGGCCGUCGACAUCCUCACGAGAUAAUCGAGAGGAAGUACGUUUACAAGGACCUAUUAUUCUUCGUCAAGAUACAGUGACGAAAUCUGAGAAUGUCUCUCCUGUCUCAGUUAAAAUUCGUAGUUUGAAAUUUCCUGAAGUUGAACAAAGUCCAACUACAGAUUCGAAUUUAAUUCGUCGUGAAAUUGAUCGUACUUCGGAUGAACUUGAUUAUCUUCGAUUGAAACUUCAACAGCAAGAAGAAAAUCUUCCACACGAUCAUCAAUUGCACGUGUUCAAAGACUCGUUGGAACAACAAAUACGAGAAAUUGAACGUGUCAAAACUAUUCAUCGAGAUAUGAUCAACAGUGGUCGUGGAAGUGAAGCGAAUCUUCUUGAUAUCUCUCAACAAGUUCAACGAAUCCAACGAAAUGUGCAUGAAAAUUUAAGUCCAUCACUUUCGCGUCUAACUGAAGAAGCAACCCGAAUCAAUCCGGGCAGAUUAAUUCCCAUAUCUGCUGAUAACCAUUGGAUAUGUACAGUUCCGCGUCAUGCAGAUUUAGAACAAACCAUUGCUGAUCUCGAAGGUAGACUUGAACAACAACGCAGAGAAUUAACUGAUCUGAGACAGGAAAAUCGUCGAUUAAUGAAACGAUCAAUGAAAAUGGAUGCUCUAGAUUUAGCUUCAACACACAAACGAUCACGAUCGAUUGCUGAUCUAACCGAUAAAGAAAAUCUCCAAGAUGAUAUUUUCAUUUUGGAACAACAACUUCUUCGACGACAACGCGAUAUUGCAGUUGCCAACGAACAAUUGAGAGAAAUGACUUCGUUAUCACAUAGCGUUGUUCAAGACUUAAAAGCCGCUCGUCAACGACAAGCAAUUGCCAAACGUGAAACUAAAGGCCUCGAACAAAAAGUCGAGAUCUUAACUCGAAAACUGUAUACUCUCACUAAUGAUACAAAGCAAGCAGAUGAAUCCUUUGUGAAAGCAUCGAAUAAUUGUCAACUAAUGACCAUGGAACAAGCUAAAUUAGACAAGAUCAUCGAUGAAAAACGAGCUUUAGCGAUUGUUCUCGACGAACAACUCCAUGCAUCGUUCCAUUCACUCAAUUCUCUUCUUCAUACAUCAAUGAAAUGUUUACAAGAAUUAACAUCCGCUACCACCACUAUUACUACAGAAGAUGAGUUACGUUUCAAUUCGUUACCUUCACCAUCAUUUCAACCACCAUCUCAAUCAUCCAAGAUUCCACCGGAAGAAAUGCAACGACAGAUUUCACAUGUAAUCGCGGAACAUAGUCGUGUUCUUUCGCGCUAUCAUGCGAUAUUACAGCAGCAAAAACAAAAAUCUAGUUCACUGAAAACUGAAGUUACCGAAAGCGAAGCCAUGCUUGCCAAUGUCAAAUCCGAACUAGAUGCAUACAAUGAACAACUGAGAAAGAACGCUCAGGAACUUCUGCAAGAUAAGAAUGUUUUGGAAGAACUGGAACGAGUCAAAGAAUUGAAAUCAGAUAAAUUAUCUGAACUUGAACGGCUAAUCGAACGUCGUCAAGCGCAAGAAAAACAUGCCCAAAAAGAAUUAGAACAAUUAGCGAAUGAACAGCAGCGUUUAAAGAAACAAUACAAAGAUGCUGUUGUUGAACACGAUCAAUUGCAACAUAAUAUCGAAGCUGAUCGUCAAAUUCUCAGUGAAAUGAAAAACGAGUCAGGACAAUUACGUGAACAAAUCAAAACAUUCCUGGACGAAAAAGAACAACUGGAUGAAGCAUGUGAUCUAUUAGCGAAGAAAUGUGAAGCGUUACAUAAUGCGUGCAAGGAGAAGGAACAGAGCAGUUUGCCAGGACUGAUUUCUCAGAUUGAUGAGAAAUUAACUGUAUGUAAGAGUCUAGAAGAUGAAGUAGUCAAACUGAAAUCGGAGAAGACACGUUGUUUGGAAGAAGUGACCGAAAUGAAGGAAAAAAUCGAAAAGAAACGUAUCGAACUCGGACAUUCAACAAACGGCUUCGAUACCGAUCGGCUCAAUCAAGAUCUACGACAACGUAUAAGACGUAGUGAACAAGAUUUAGAUCGCAUCAAUCAAACGAUCGAAGAACGCAAUCGCACGUUAAAUGAAUUGAAUACCAUGGUCGCAUAUUCAAGAAGUAUCAUGAAGGGCGGUCCAAUAAAUGAAAACUAUCGAAAUCUCAAAUCCGAUCCAUCAUCGAGCUUUCCACUCAUGGAUCAACGAUACCAACAAGAAAAUCACAUGUAUUACGAGACGAAAAUCCAACGACUUACGGCAGCACUGGACGAAAAAGAACAAGAACUGCGUGCAUUGAAUAUGCAGUUGAUCAUGGCAAAGGAUGAGCUUCUUCAAAUGCAAUACAAAAUUCAAAAUCAGGAAACCAAUGCCGAAGCCGUUCGAAAUUCUAUGCAAGUUGAAUUAGAUAAACUUCGACAUUGGUUACAAAUCUACGAAAAUCGCAAAGCUGUUCUACGCCCACAAUAUCACGAAACAUUGAAAGAACUAGAACUGAAAUUACACGAACAGGAAAUGUUCUUUCGCAAACAAAUCAAAGAUCUCGAUGCGGAGAUGAAACGAAAAUAUCACGGCAGACCCACCGAUGAUUCCGGAUUCUUUAGCGAUACGACCAUUGGUGAUAACCGUAUUUCUCCAUCAAUCGAUACGAACGAUACAUCGAUGUUACGUGAACAGAUUCAGAAUAUCUUCUCUCAACAUGCUCAAGAAUUGGAUAAAUGCAAUUCGAAAUACAAAACGAACUUAUCGAACUUAAAAAAUCGUCUUCAUGAAUUAGAAAAUUCCACAAUCAAUACAACGACCUAUUAG